AUGGCGUCCGGAACUGGCCUCCCCAAGACUACUGAAAGCUGUGAGGAAUCAUACGAAGUGUUGUAUUUAACGGAGUAAACAAGAAGAUAUUACUGGUGAUUUGGCCACAGUUCCGGACCUAUGGUAGAAAAAUACUCAGUAGCUACCCAGAUUGUAAUGGGUGGCGUGACUGGCUGGUGUGCAGGAAUUUUGUUCCAGAAGGUUGGAAAACUUGCGGCGACUGCAGUAGGUGGUGGUUUUCUUCUUCUACAGGUUGCCAGUCACAGUGGUUAUGUACAUAUCGACUGGAAGAGAGUUGAAAAAGAUGUAAACAAAACAAAAAGACAGAUUGAGAAGCGAGCAAAUAAAGCAGCACCGGAAAUCAACAAUAUAAUUGAAGAAGCAACGGACUUUAUCAAGCAGAACAUUGCGCUAUCCAGCGGCUUCGUGGGAGGCUUUUUGCUAGGCCUGGCAUCUUAA